AUGAGUUUCGCUCACGACGAAGAAGGUGGCGCCGGGCGUGGGCGCCAUAUGAGUGUCUCACACUAUGCGAACAACAUGGGGAUGCCGACGUUUGACACUACUCGACGGAGAUCCUCUGUGGUUCCAGCUGCGGUUGUAGGGGCACAGCAAGAUGAGGUUAUCUUCAACCAAAAAGAUGAUACGCUGCGCAAGAUGUCCGUUGCCGUCCCCAAUCUGGCCGAAUUGACGGCCGAUGCCCAGGCAGCUGCAGACCUGGAACAUAAAAUGGGCUUUCGCAAGGGUUGCAGGCUCUAUCCCAAGGCUAUCAUGUUUUCAUUUUGCUUAUCCUUGGCUGUGGUCAUGGAAGGCUACGACACCUAUCUUCUCGGCAAUUUCUUUGGCCUGACCACCUUUGCUCGAAAGUUUGGUCAGCCUGCAGGCAUCAAAGACGGGGUCCAGACGUACCAAGUACCUGCGUCGUGGCAGUCCGCUUUGCAGAAUGGCACCGCUGCCGCCCAGAUUAUUGGGCUUUUUCUCAACGGGAUUAUCUCUGAGAGAAUCGGGUACCGCUGGACAAUGAUUGGUGCUCUGCUGUUUCUGACGGCCGUCAUCUUCAUCACAUUCUUUGCGGUCAACGUACGAAUGCUGCUGGCUGGGUACGUCCUGUCUGGCCUACCAUGGGGCGUGUUCCAGACCCUCACGACAACGUAUGCUGCAGAGGUCUGUCCAGUACCUCUCCGACCUUACUUGACCACUUAUGUGAACCUCUGCUGGGUCAUUGGCCAACUGCUCGCGGCAGGAGUCCUGAAGGGCUUCGUCAGCUCAUCGACUCAAUGGGCCUACCGUAUCCCUUAUGCGAUCCAGUGGAUCUGGCCACUUCCGAUUGCUCUUACUGCGUUCCUCGCCCCCGAGUCUCCAUGGUGGUUGGUCCGGCACGGCAAGCUUGACGAAGCUCGACGGGCUCUGCUCAGGCUUACCUCGCGAAAGAACACCGAGUUCAACGUGGAAGACACUCUUGCGAUGAUGAUUCACACCAACGAGUUGGAGAUCCAACAGACGGCCGGCACUUCGUACUGGGACUGCUUCAAAGGAGUGGACCGACGACGAACCGAGAUCACCUGCCUUACCUGGCUGCUGCAGCAGACCUCCGGGUCACCCAUGAUUGGGUGGGGCACCUACUUCAUGAUCCAAGCCGGGCUCGACGAAAGUGAUGCGUACUCCUUGGGUGUUGGCCAGAGUGCUAUGGGCUUCUGCGGCACUGUGCUAUCGUGGUUCUUGAUGCCACACUUUGGCCGACGCACGCUAUACCUCUGGGGCCAGGCUGGCAUGUUCAUCAUCUUGAUAAUCAUUGGCGGUUUGGGCGUGCCGGGACUGUCAACCUCGAUCGGGUGGGCUUCUGGUGCCUUGAUCCUCAUAUUGACUUUCAUCUACGACUUCACGGUCGGGCCUGUAUGUUAUUCGCUGGUCGCAGAAAUCCCCUCCACUCGCCUGCGUAUCAAAACCGUCGUCCUGGCCCGGAACGUGUACAACAUCAUGGGUAUUGUGGUCGGUACGAUGCAGCCCCGCAUGAUGAACCCGACUGCAUGGAAUUGGCGAGGCAAAACAUGUUUCUUCUGGGCUGGACUAAACUUGCUCGGUCUCAUUUGGUCCUAUUUCCGCCUUCCAGAGCCAAAGGGCCUCACAUAUGCCGAACUCGACGUACUUUUUGAGAACCACGUCUCGGCGCGCAAAUUCAAGACCGUCAAGGUCGAUCCGUACCGCUCCGACAAUCUCGUUGUUAUUCCAGAUGAGGAUUUCAGCAGCCAUGAGGGCGGGGAGAAGAAGGGCUUUUGA